AUGACAGUGAGUAUUUCUCUGCAUUUGCAAAAACACACAACCUCAAGCAAACCUCUUUGUUUGUACUCAUGAGCCUCACAAGUGGACUAAUACAGUCAUCAUUGUGCAGCAAAAUACAAACGGGAGAAAUGGUAACAUGCAUUAAUGCAAUUAUGUAUAUGCACAAGGUUGAGUGUGAAAUCUGUUGUAUUGCCAUGUGUCUUUUUUAUAUUAUGUGAUGAGCUAACAUGCAGGCACUAUAAAUUCAUUGCCUGCUGUCAUUGCAAAAUUACUCUAAUGCUCCAAAUGUUAAGUAGACUAAGUAAUGGAGAGGAUUUUCAGCUUGUAAUGUUGAGCACUUGUGCAGCACUUCAAAUUUGUUAAUAAUGUUAGCUCAUGCAGAGCCCUCAUUAGAAUCUCAGAUCACUUGUCGCUUAAAGUGGCAUUUAUAAAUAGAGUUGAAUAAAUAAUCGCCUCCGUUUAAAGGGACAAGUAAGAUAUCAGGAUAUAACACAAGUUAUGGAUGGGUCCAAGAUAAGCGAUGAGUUACUGCAUCCAUAAUUCAACUGUUGAGAGGGAUCAAACUCAAUGGUAUGACUUUCUGAAAUUGUAAUAAAUUGUAUUCAUUUCCUAAUGGCGUGUGUGGAAUGAAGGGUAGCUGGAGAAUGUCCUAAUGCGAUAACCCGAACAUGUGUUAACAACUGUGUGAAGGGAACCCCACUGACAUUAGGAUUCAAGAGUUUCAAAUUGUACAUUAAGUUUAAUCUGAGGAAACAUGUAGACAAAAUACAUGGAUGGUACACUGUACACCCCUAUUUUACCAUGCUACCUGUUACAACCCUUUUCCCCGCAGGGUUUUCACAGAAUUACAAUCCCUCCCUGUUCAAAAAUCUUGCAGAUAAAUAGCUUCAAAUGAAGCCUUUAAUCUUCAGUCAUCUUUGGAUCCAAAGAGUUGAUAUUCUGGAGAUAAAACUGGUGCACCAUUACUGUAAAGUAUUCACCAAUAGAGCAACAUCCAUCAUUACACCAUUAACUUUGAAGCAGCCUAUCAUUUGCUUGAUUUGAAAUACAGCUGUCUUGGUCACAUCUGUGCCAAACACCCGUGUCGAACAGGCUGAAACCUGCUGUCUUAUUUUUGGCUGCACAUCAGAUCAGUUAUUUAUUAUUACUGACAUUUGUUCAUUUUGCAAUAUGAUGUUGUGACCCAGCUCAGGUGUCUUGUGGCACCGUUUGACCUGCGCCAUCAGAGAUAUGUUAAAAAAAUUCCCCUGGCACUAACCAGGCUUAUUAGCGCAAUGCAAAUGACUGACAACAGUACAUUAACCGCCAGAGAGAGAGAUCGCAUUUCUUCUGGGAGGUGUAAUUUAAUUAAAAUUAAUGUGGUUGCCUACAAAGCCCAGUUACGUAACUUAUGGAAGGUCAGAAGUAAAAAUAUGUUAUCUCUUUAUCUUUUGUUUGGUAACAGUUCACAGCCUCACUAAUUGGUGGAGUUAUGCGGCAGGGAUCCACUUCAAAGGAGUCUUUAUGAUUGUAACAGAAGAAGAUUGAAUGACAGCGCCAAAUGUUCUGAUUGUCCUGAUAAGACAUAAGCCUGAUGCCUGAAGUUUAUUCCAUCUAUAGGACGACUGAUGAUUAGCAAAAAACACAUAUGUUCCAUGAGCUGGAUAGGUUAUCAUGUGGUUGAGAACUUCUGACCCCUCAAGAGAAUAGUAAGAAGACCACAUAUCUGUUAAAUUAAUGAGAUACAUGAGAGUUAAAGUUGCAAGGUGCUCUUUGAGAAGCAGGUUCAGGUGGCACGUCAGCAUGUUUGGCCAUAGAUUCAAACUUCUGUCUGUGGAGAUAUCUAUCAGGAGCAUCAACACAUACCACUGAGGCUGUGGAUCUCCUUUCAGUUGACUCCACCAGGCCAAUCAUCAUCUGUAGGUAUCAUGCUAUGGUAGUAAAUAUGGGUUUGUGCAUGUUUGUGUGUGACAGGCUGCAGCGGCUCAAGAACUUGACGAGCGAUGUUUCCUGUCGGCGCAGUCCAUGCCAAGUCUGAAGGUUUCCGAGCACUUCCAGGUGGUGAAGCUCCUGGGAGAGGGAUCCUACGGAAAGGUCAUGUUAGCCGUACACAAAAAGAGAGGUUAGUCCAAGACAUGAGGUCAAAGGUUGAAGCCUCGUGAAUCUGUCUCUUCUUUUACAUCUUACUGUCACUAGUCUUUACGAUCGUUUCAAAUUUCCACUCCCAUUUUUAUUUUCAUCUACCUUGAAACACUAUAUCUACACAUCAGCAGAUUUUUCGUAGACCUCAGGUUUCUCGAUGAGGAAACUAGACUGUGGCUGGGCGGGGUGGAGCUUGUAGUUAAGUGAAGAAAGAUCUGUCUUUUCCUAGUGUUCACUUAACCUUUUGAGCCUCUGCUGCUGUACUAGAGUGCUUCGGUACAUUCUCAAAGAUAAAGUUGCGACAACUGGGGUGCAGCGGUGAAACAGAGUCAGCCCAAGGGAGAAGUUAUAUUUGUUCACAGUGUCAGUGAUGGCCAGCACUCACAUACCAUUAAUGAUGACAGCUUUUUGCCAACAUCUCAUUAGAGGUUGUAGCAUUCAGCAUAUGUUCCUCUGCUUCCUUUCCUCCAGGAAAUCCUAUGGCUCUGAAGUUCUUUCCUCGUCGGUCUACGUCCCUGACAUCUUUCCUGCGUGAAUACAAUCUCUCUCUUUCUUACUGCACACAUCCUUCUCUGACCCGGGCCCUGGGGAUCUUCUUUUCCACGCCAUCUUACUAUGUCUUUGCUCAGCAAGCUGGUCUAUACGGUGACCUCUACAGUGUGAUAGUGUCUGAGGUCAGUUAAGCUUGUCUACGGCAUGAAAGCAUUGCUAAUACCUCGCAUGGUAUGUCCAGCACAGCUUUUAACAUACUUUCACUCAGGGUGUGUCCUCUACUUUCAACCAAAGACGCCACCUUGUUUAUAUUUAUUUUCAACAAUUAAAGGACAGUUUUUGUUGAAUAAAUCCAUCCAGUUGCAGAACUUGCAAAUGGAUCUGCUUUUGCUGCAAUAUCUGCACUACAGUAUCCUCACCUAGCAACACAUGCACAACGAAUUAUUUUGUGGUACUGUUUAUUUGCUCAUAACAGUUGGUUAAAGUUAGGGAAAGAUUAUGACAGAAGGAACAUUUAAUGAAGACCAGAAUCUUAUCCUAAACCUCAUGCAAAAGAGCUCUACGAUGUAAAAACCUGCAAUAUAAAAUCUAGGCACCAGAAUAUAGUAAUAAAAGUCAUUUCAGGAAGUUGCAGAUUAGCGCCGGCAUCCCUUACUAAUCUAAUUUAAAUGCUUCGAACCAUUCAAAAGACUAAUUUCUGCAGUGUGGCUCUCUGCAUGGAAACUGAACCUGCUGACCGUGUCCUUUUGAGCUUUCAUUCCCAUCAGCAAAAACUCGAGACCUGCUUGAUAAGAGGUUCCAGCUCGCUCUAUGUAUGCCUAUGUCACUGCCAGUAACAUAAUAGAGUGGUGAUAAGAGUAAGUGGGAGUACAUGAAGUAAAGCAGGGGUUUCCAAGAGCGUCGCCAAAAUGCGUAAUGGCUGAGAUGUAACACCAACUAUGUUGUAACCAGAUUAGUUUCCAGUGCUAACAAGCUAGUAAGCGAAGCAUUAAUCCAGACUACCUGUGUGUUCCAGGUUGGAGUGGAUGAAGAAUGUGUCCAGAGGGUGAUGUCUCAGCUGAGCGGUGCAGUUACACAUCUCCACUCCCUGGGCUUUGUCCACCGAGACAUCAAACCUGAGAACAUCUUCCUGUGUGACAGAUCCUGCCGCUGGGUCAAACUGGGGGAUUUCGGCCUCACCCGGGCCAUCGGCUCCACAGUUCGUGCCGUCUGGUACGAGUCGCCCUUCUGCACCCCUGAGGUAGAGCCUGCAAAGGAGGCUGAGAAGGAGAUGGAGAGGAGGAUACAGGAGGGGACAGAAGAUGAGAUGGAGGACAUUUGGAUGACAGUAGAGCCUUGUAUUGACAGCUGGGCCCUCGGCGUGCUCGUCUACUGCCUCUUAACUGGCUGCUUCCCUUGGGAGGAGAGCACCCAUGAUGAUCGCGGCUUCUGUAGGUACAAAAAGUGGUUCGACCGUGAGGCCGAAAAGGAGGAAAUAGACAGUUACAUGAUCCUGAAAGAGAACCGAAGGGACAAUCCUCUUCCUUCACAGUUUGAGGGCCUGAGCUCGCUAGUUUUGACUCUUUUUAAGGAACUGCUCAACCCUGAACCCAAGCUGCGGGGAAGCCCAGAAGAGAUCCUGAGUUACCUUGGAGGGCCAUGGUUGAUGGAGACAGAAAGGGAGGAAAGGAGAAAGGCAGAGGAGGCGCAGAAAGAGGCCAAAAAAAUAAGCGAAGGGACAGGGGUAGCAGAGGAGCUGGUGAGGGAGGGAAGAGGAGAAAGAUAAGCUUUAUUUCUAUAAUAAUGUAUUUUAGACUGUAUGCAGUACAAAUGUAUACACUUUAAGGUGCUGUUUUUUAAAUAAUUUACAAAAAGUCAAGUUAUCUUUUUCUUCCUUUGAUGUACAUAUUCCAGUGUGUGUGCCUUGAGACGAUUUAGUGAAAAGAAGCUUUAGAUAAAGAAAAGUCUGAUGUUUUAAAUACAAGUUGUAUCAUAGUGAAAACCUGUUCUUGAAUUGUCAUCCAAAAAAAUAAAGUCCUUUUAUUUUAUUAUCUUCUUAGUGAAUGAGUUUCAAAAUGAGUGUCAAAUUACAAGAAGCUGAAUUCAUACAGUUGUACACUUGUUUGUUAGAUCACAAUAGAGAUAAUGGCAUUUUUUAUACUGAAGAGGAUCCCCUCACUGUAUGUCUCCAUAACAUCAGUUUACACAGAAACUUAAUCUGACCUCUGGGUUUCUGUUGCAGGUCGGAGAAAAAUCACGAAACAUUUUAAUCUAGUGAAUAUAGAUCUACCAUCAAUAGUGCUUGACUUGUUUACUGGUGGACACAGUAUCAUUUUAGGAGAUAUGUCCUGAUAAGGAUAUGACUGAUGAGUUUUCUAAGUGCCUAAAUGCAAAAAGACCCCAGUUUAAGACAUGAUAAGAAGCAGCAGAGAGCAAGGAUGACAGUGAUCUCUUGUCAGUUGAUCAUAAAGUUCGAAUAUUUCAACUUUUGGGUCUCCUAUGCAUCAAUAUCAUUUUGUCGCUCCCUAAAUGACAAUUCAAAACCAAAGAGGUGCUGCACUUUGGACAAAUCCAUCAACCCCAAACUUGACUUGUCUUUUUAGGGUAGAAUUUUCAGGUCUACAGCUUUUGCUGCUGCCAGGACACAAAUAUUUUCAAAUGUGUUUGUUAUUUGUAAAAUGAUCUUGAAUUGAAGCAAAUACAAAGCACACAGAGCAAUUUUUAAACAGACGGAUAGUUCAGCAGCGGUGGAGUAAGAGGGAGCGAUCGCCACCCCAAAAAUCUGACCGGCCAGCUCAGUUACCACCCUGAAAUCCUAAGCCAUGAUUGGCUAUUUGCUAGCUUUGCAUUACCAGACCAAGGUACUUUGGUGAGUGGGUCAACUUUCGUAUAUCACUUUAUGUAACCCAACAGUAAGAGCCGGUGAGAAGAGUUGUAAGACUGAGGUUGUGUGCACAACCAGCACAGAGAAAAACGUUUCAGCAUAAAACAAGCCCUGACUUUUCUUAAUGUCACAGAUUUAUUCCAACACUGCCAAAAAGACUAAUAAAUGUGACCUGUUGUGUCCAAGUUCAGAACUGCUGCCACUGUGUGACCUACAAAUGUGAGUGUCACUAUCAGCAUGAAGAUUAAUGUAUCUGCAUCUUUAUUUUUAAUGCCUGUCACCACUGCCACCAGGUCAGAUUCCCUUAAAACCAUUUACAGUAUGUCAACUGAGGAAGUCUGUGUGUAUAUCUGCCUCAGCAGAGUUGUAUAGUAUAGUGAAUAGAAAGUAAGGAAAUAGAGGUUAUAAUGGACUUAAAUCUUUCUUAAAGAGAACUAAACCUUAAAAGACAGGAUUAGCAUGAGGCAAUACUUUCUGUCAAAACAAACACUAAAUAUUCUCUUCAUUGAGUUAAAGUGUAGUAGCAACUUUGGAUCAGAAAAUUAGUCAUGAGCCACUUCGAGCUCCUGUGAGGAGUUUUUAAUCUUCUGAUAAAGCAGACGGACCUGUAUAGUGGUGCUUUUUUAUAACCUACAUAAACAAACUAAACAUCAGCGCCAGGAUUAGUUAUUUUGGAGUCAUCAGUGUCAGUGGAGUUGAAUAUUUACAAAAAGCCAUGAUUGAGAUUAUAGUAGAUUUUGGUGAUAGAACCGCACAGGUUGUUAAAUGUAUGACAGAAAACAUGAAAUAAAUCAGAUAUAUUUUGUGAAGUACAGAUAGUCAUCUGAUUACUUUAUCUGUCUGUUUUUAUCCAACCCUUUAAUAAAAACAGAAAAACAGACAUUUUGUUCAAUAUGAGACAUAAACCUGAUUAUUAAAAAAAAACUUCAUGUGAAAUUGAUAAAGUCAGUUAUUUUUAGAUAUAGAGAACUUAUGAAACCGUUAUAUCAGACUCCAGGAAAAUAAACCUGUGGAAAGAAAUGACAUCUUUGAUGUGAGGCAGCAACAGGUGCUGCAGGACACAAGACACACAUCUAAAAUUGGACUGAACAAUACAACCUGAUAGUGAUACCAGUGUGAUCUUCUUCCAAGUUUGAGUGAUGCAAACUCCGGGCGCGCUACCUGAUGCAGGAUAUACUGGUUAUCUACAUACAGCCAACAGGCUUUAAAACCCUUUAUUAGAAUAUAUGGCUCUGCACUGGGACACAUCCUUCAUGGGCACGUUGACAUUGAAACAAACCUCAUGUGAUUUCUGCACACAGACUAUAGCCUCAGUCCUCUGUUUGUGGGGGUGAGGGUUGUCCUAAAUCUGUCAGAGAGGAAAUAGCUCCUUGAAAAAUCACCUUUAUUCCUGUCUCCUAAAAGAAUGCUUUGGUAUUGCUCAGAGCACUUUUGGCCAGGACUGAAUCGUGCAAUGAUUUUAGCAUGUGUCUUCAAAAGUACAAGAAGGUGCAAAGAAAGCAGCAAAGGAAGUUAAAUAAAUCUUUAAAAGCGACAUUUCUUUGCAUUACAUGGAGCUGAGUUUGCGCUCACUCUAAUUGGUACAAGGACUUAUAAAUGCACCACAUAAAAUCUAAUCCUCAGCUUUCAUUUUUGCAUUGCACUGUGCUCAAAUCUCAGUUUCAACUUGGAGAGGAUCCCUGUUGGUAGCGAGCUGCUAAUGUGCAGUGCGGUGUGUGUGUUUGUCAGUUGCGGCUGUGCUAACCCCUGCUAAGGGCCACUCCAGAUGGAUUUAUAAAUAGAUCCCAGACCCAUCUAUUUACAAACCAUGCACAUCAUCACCUCCCUCUGACUAUCUGCAAUCCGCCGCCCUCUAAAUGCAAAAGUCAGGCUGCCUUGGCGCCUGUGGGCCUUAAACAGCACAAACUAAUGGAACACUGUGACCCAUCUUGCCCAAUAGCUGAUUACUUUUCCCUUUCUUCUCUUGUGCCACCUUGGGCAUCACUUUCCCCUUCAUCCUCUCUGCUCAAAUAUACCCUGUGCAACCUUCUGGGCCUUCUCUCUUUCCACUCACCACCUGGACCUCCUCAUGACACAUGUCACAUGAACCAAGGAUUAACUUCUUCAUUCCUAUAGCACAGUUAGUGUACAUUAAAACACCUCAUAUCUCCUUCGGCAACAGCUGAUUUCCAGGCAACACAAACACAAGCUCAUGUAACAUUUUGGUAGGGGGUUAAUGGAGGACCAAAGCUUGAUGAAUAGAAACACAUGGUAAGGACCAUGGAGGCAAUGCAGUGCCAACACAGAGGUGCAAAUCUGUACGAGGUCCAUGAGGACAGAUAGGAUGAAUGAUGAAAACAGGAGAAACAAGGACAGCCUGGUGCUCAAUAAAAUCCAGGUUCAAAGCCGUGAGAUGCAGCUUUGAACCCUGUCACUACUUCCAAGUCACGAGUGACUUUUCAACACUUUAAAUGAUGAAAGGCGCCUCCUUCCCAGAAACCCAAAUCUUUUCGGCAAUACAAAUCCAGAUUUGUAUCAGUAGCAAGAGUUAGAUUUCAAUCAGCCAAGUGUUGAGUAAAAAUUCCUACAAGUUUAAAUAUUUCAACCAAACAUAAAAGUCGUCAUGGUGUCACAAACAUAUACAUUCAUCACCUUGAGAUUGUUUAAAUUUAUCCUUUCACAUAAGCUGCAGAGACAAAGGCUACAGAGAGAACCAGCUGUCGAAUGAAAAUAGAUGUAAGUAUACCAAGAUGGAUUGACUGUCGUGGUACUGAAAGUUGCAAAAGCAGAUACUGAUAUGAGAGCUGGAUUGAUGGUCAGAGAGGACCAGAUAAAGAGUUCAUAUAGCCGAAUGUCUGAAAUGAAUCCUCACAGUGAAGCAUGGGUCAUCGUGGCUUUAUUUUCCCCUUACACUCGCAACCUUGUCCAUCACCUGGCUGCUUCUGAAAGUUCAUCUUCGUUAAUCGCUUAAACAGGAGCCAGAGUGGCGACUUUGAUUUGACAAAAGAGACACAAAUGAUCACUUUCGCUGAAAGAGAAGCCCUGAGAAGAAACAGGAUCUAGCUUGACGCACGUAACGAAUCCAGUUAAAUAAUAAAUCUGAUGUGUUAAUGAGAGAAUUUAAUUCGCUUUUUUAUGUGCUUUUGUGCAAGUGUGUUUGUGAGUCUGAGUGUGUGUGAUUGUCCGGGGAAUGACUGAAGCACUGAUUGAAAUAUUUAAGACAACAUUUCAAGGCUCUCGGUAAGUGUUUAUAUUGGGUUGUGAUUAUCAAGGAUUAGGGUCAGGUUUGGGGUUACAGUUAGGGCUAGGAUUUUAAGAAAAGGUACUCAAAUGUUUUAAAAACCAAAAAAAGAGAAAGAGUGAAAGUGUGUGUGUGUGUGUGUGUGUGUGUGUGUGUGUGUGUGUGUGUGUGUGUGUGUGUGUGUAUGUGUGUGUAUUUGCGCUUGCCUUGCUAUAAUUGUGGAGACCAUAGCUUCAUUUUACGAUAGUGGGGACCUUCUGACCACUUUGCAGUACUGAAAGGAUUGUUACACUUCAGCUCUUCAAAACUGUUUUUUUAGAGUGAGGGCACUAUAGGAAGAGUGUUUCUUUGGGUUUAACACAUCACUGGUGAUAAUACACCAACCACCUAUAACAUUACAAACACCUAGGCAAUCAAAUCCAACCCAGUACAACAGUCCAACCUCAAACUCUCCUCUCAGUGAGCUUCUGAAUUUUCAGCAGUUGUUCACAUGAUCAGAAAUUUGAUAACUGUUCUUUAUAUUUAUUAUUGAAGACACAAUGGGUGGUAGAUUAAAAUGUGCUUCUCAUAUUUUGUCCAUUCCAUUAACAAACAUGAGGAGAGCAAAAUUUUGGUAACACCUGUUAAUAUAAUGCACUUACACUACAACCUCAACAACAAGAAGUGACAAGGUAACUUUUGUGAGUGAACUGCAGACACAUUUUAAGAAGUCUGUUAAUUUAACUGCAACUGAAAUAACCCUUCUACUUCUUUAUACCUUCAUAUAGUUUAUUGACGGGCAAAUAUUAAAGGCCUUUAAAAAAAUCUGGGAUUUCUGAUUCCCAGUAGAACACAAAGUUAUAUCUAUUUAAAGCUUUAUAAGUCCUAAAUGCAAGAGAAAAAGUGAUGAAAGCCUUCGAAUGGAGUCCUCUUAAAUCCAGUAUAUCUUUUCAUAGAGCUCAGAAGUCCUGGCAACACCUUUGCCUCUGCUCGCCUCCUUCAGCCUCUUUGUACUCAAAUUCAUAUUGACUGAAGAUACACUGAUUUACCCUUGAGCUUUGACAAAAAAAGCCAUCUGAUGCUGCUCUUGUGCCAUUUGUUAGCCACUUAAAAUGGUAAAAAGUUCAAGAUUACAACAUUAACUCUGCUAAGAAUUAAAACAUGAGUGGUCUUGGAUGGGCUGUGGCCCUGCAGGGUGGAAUGAAGCCAGGACUCACAGACUAAGUUAUGAAACAAAAAGUAGGCUUGUUCAAAUUACAAUAAGGUUAGGGUGAGGGAGUCCCUCUGCAAGUUGUUAUCACAAAUAAAAAAAGUGAAAAGCAUGAUGUGUGUCAGCAUGUGUAAGUGUGUGUAGGAAUGUGUGAACAUGUAUUCUCUUAUCAAACCCUGCAGUCCAGAAAAAAUGUACAAUAUGUUUGAAAUCCAGACAGUAAGAGAGACAGAGAAUAAGGCACGAGUGUGUUGAGGUGAGAAGGAGGUCAGUGAGAGAGUAUGUAUUGCAGAGCUGGCAUGUCCAAGCAAUGGCAUCCAACUAAUAAACAAGUCGAGAUAUUAUCAUGUGUUUACUAUCUGGUAUGUUUGCCUUAACCGUUCUGCAUCGCUUUCCUGCUCUCCCAACACCUGCCUCUUUUUCUCCACUCAUUUCAUCUCUUUUUUCAGUCUUUGCUUCUUUUAGCUCUACUUUCCCCUUAUGCCUGUGCAGCGCGCACAAAGUGACACGUUAAUGUGUUCAAAGGAUUGAUUGUCCCUCUUGGCUCUCCCGCUCGUCUCUUUUGCUUACACUGCCCCCAUAAGUCAAGCUGUCAUCGAGCUCGCCCAGUUGACCUUGUUAGGGACAGCCUACCGACGCUCACCCUGAAGUCCAUGUAGCCCUGAUAUGUCAAGGGGAUGAUGAGUGUCUCCCUCUUGAGCUGACCGGGCCUACCACUGGGUGAGAGCCAGUGAGAGUUUUGUUGUCCGUGCCUUCAGGGGAAUGUGUAGCAACAUUUAUAUUAGUUGAGUCCAUUGAGGCCAAUGAAGAGUCAAGUUGCCCUUCCAGAGCAGCUUCAGCGGCCUGAAUAAAAAAUGAUCCUCUGAACAAAAAGAGCAUCUGGGACAAAGGCUCAGGAGGUAUGGCCUUUGUAGUCAGUGCAUCCAGUAUUUGUAUGCUGAUGAAUAUGUGGAGACAAUGUGGUGUGAAUGGGUCAAAGGACCAACGAGACCACUAUAUAAAAACACUGUCCAUGCACCAUUUAUCAGUUUAGGCUGUGGCCCUAUCACCUUCUUUAGCUCAGAAGAAGUUUGUAGCAGCACCAAUUUGCGAUGGUAAAAAUUAAACAUGUUCAGUUUUUAGUAUCAAAUACCCUGUUGUGUGGGGAACACUUAGGACAGCUGAGCCCACACCCCACUGACUGUUAUGCAGUAUGAAAUGUUAGCCAACCGAGAAGCAAGUUGGCCGAAGAAGGAAGUUCAACAAACACAGCCAUGGCCACAUCGGUGAACAUGACGCACAAAGUCAGAUGGACGUUAGAAAUGGACCAACUUGUUGAUUUGUCACAGUAACAUAAGUAUUUAUACAGCAUGUUCUGUAAAACACACCACAAACAAACUUGGAAGGAGAGAAGUUGAACAGAAUCCACUACCACAUUUGAACUGGAUUACUAAGAAGGUAGCGACAUUAAGCUUGACAACCAUCCCGCUCUAAGCCUUGUUUGUUAACUGUAAAGUCAAGUCUGGCCGUGAAACUUUGUGGUAUUACCAGCUUUGAGAGCCUCUGGUAGUUCAUGGGAGGAAUUUGUUGGUGUGUGGUGUGUUAUUUCGGCCAUAUCAUUGCUCUCAGCACACAAGAAGAAAGCUUUGAAAUCUGCUUUUAUUUGCCUGUAAGUGUGAAUCGGGCUUUAGUCAGAGCCAGCAUUUCAGGUAUUAUAUUCAGGCUUUAAAGCCUCUUUUCAGAAACCAGUGAGAAAUGUCACAGACCACAACCCUGUUUUAUAAACUCAAGGGUUAAAUCACACAGGAUAUAAUUCGUUGCAAAGUCAUUUUUUGAGUAGAUAUGGCUCCAUAUCAGUUACUGUUCUGUUGAUAUAUAAAUUCAGAGUAGAGCCAACUAACUUGAUGCCAGAGGAGAGGUCAGAAUACCACGGACUUAUCAUGGAUCACUAACUUUUUUAGGCUCCACGUGCUGAUGGUUCUUUCCAGAACGAGGUCAAACAAGCAGAUGUAUUUGUUGAAAGAUGUUUGAUGAUGUAGGUUUUGUUCCCUGUCAUUAUUAUCUUGACUAUGCUUCAACUUCUCUACUCAACUGACCUUUUUUUAUUGAUUUCCCUUUUGUCACUUUACAUUUAUUACACACUGUGUUUUUGUCUUUUACAUCUAUUUGCUGCUCUUCUGUGUUUGUCUUGUCUUAUCAAUAUUGUUAUAGAUCCAUCACCAGUAAAUGUAAAUAAAUAAGGGAAAACUAAAGAUACAAAUAUCACCCUGUAACAGCAGUAACAAAGUGUUCUGGUUAAAACCACUAUAACCCCUCUAAGCUAAAGGUGAUCUUUUAAAAGACCCCUUCUUUUCCCCUAUGAAAAACCACAACCCUAAGCACCUCAUUUUGGCUGAAUUAUUGAUGAUUUAAACCAGCACUAAAGCAAACAAACAAACUGUAGUGAGGGGAACGGUCAGAAUGUGCAGCAGAUGACUUGAUGAUGUGGAAAAUAUGACUGUCACUGAUUAGCAGUACAGAAGAGCGGGGUCAGGGCGGUCACUGCUGACUACCUUACAUGACAUGAGUCUAAGAGAGAAUCAAUGAUAUGAAUCAACUCAUUUGAGAAUAUAGGUUUGAUUGUUUCACUUGCUUUUUUCACUGACCCCUGCAUUAACUGUAUGUAGAUGUAAGGCACACUUUGCAUGCACACUGCUCCACCUGCUGGUUGUAUUAAAUAGUGCCACAGUUGAACUAUGGUCCUGAUUUGUUUGGUGCUCUUGUUGACUUGAGUCUUUUAUUUCAUAUGAGAACAAACCUGGUGAAACAUGACUUGUUUAUUUGAUUAUUUUAGUUAAGUUGUUGUAUUCUCUGUUACUGCAUUCGCAUGUGUUAUUUAUAAAAAUCCCCUGUCAACUGUAUGCUUUUAUUUUUGAACAAUGGCAAUUUUCCUCAACUAUGAAUGAUGGAAAUGCAAGUUUUGCAUAUGAGGUAAAGAUACUGUGAAACAUUAAAAGAGUAAGAUGCAGGAAUGUCUGCAUAAGAGAUGUGUGUGAAAGGGGAAAAUAUCUUUACCUAGCAGACAUGAUAUUGCAGCUGCAUGCUAGUUUUUCUUUCUCUCUUUUUUUUAACCAGAUUAGGGCAGAGAAAAAAGAAAACUAUGAUGGUAAGAAGAACAGGGGGAGGAGGAGGAGGAGCAGGGAGAAGGAGGAGAAAGAAGAGAAGACAAAAGAUUCAUAA